UUUAUUAUUGUUAUGCCUGUAAAGCUCAGUUCACUGCUUUACUGUACAUUUUCCAGCUUCAAUGCCGUGAACGCACUGACCUGACCUUCUCCUCCACCUCUAUAAUGAUUGUAUAAUAACCCAAAACAAAUAUCCUGCAAUACGCAGAAUUUUAAAUCUUCUCUUCAAUACAGAAAAAUGAGGCAUUUUCGAUUGAUUUCUCCACAUUUAUCACGAAUCCGCAAAACCCUGUUUCGAAACCCUACAUUCAAUCCUCAAUCCACAAUACCCAGGUCACCUAAUCUCAUCUAUCAGUUCACUUCCAUUGCUCAAGAACCAAACCCACCUGCCCCAUCUGAUAAAGUAGCUGCCCUCGUCGAUGAAAUCUCCGAACUAACACUUCUCGAAAUCUCUGACCUUACCGAAGUUCUGCGAAACAAAUUGGAUAUCAAGGAGAUGCCUGUAAUGGCAGUGAUGAUGCCUGGAAUGGGGUUUAGUGGUAUGAAGGGUGGAGUAAAGGGAGGAGCAGCUGGGGCAGCGAAGGCAGAGGAGAAGGUGGAGAAGACAGUGUUUGAUGUGAAGCUUGAAGGGUUUGAUGCGGCAGCAAAGAUUAAGGUUAUUAAAGAAGUUAGAGGGUUUACGGAUUUGGGACUGAAAGAGGCUAAAGAUUUGGUGGAGAAAGCACCUACUUUGUUGAAGAAAGGUGUGACUAAAGAGGAGGCAGAGAAGAUUACCGCGAAAAUGAAGGAGGUUGGGGCUAAAGUUUCCAUGGAAUGAGAAAACUUCCUCUGAGGAUAACAGAUUGGAGAAACAAGAAGCAAAAGCCUUCACUGCCACAUCUUGCGGAAUUUGGUAGCAGACAAUGAAGACCUAUAUAGGUUUCUUCAUUAUGCAGAACAUUUUUGUAGGGAAGUUAAUUCUUUUUGACUUUGAAGAAGCAAAAAUCUGAGCUCGUCCAUAGUUUUCUGAAUUCUGGCAGAGCCUUUAAUUCCCCGAAACUUAGGAAUGCUUGUUGUAGAAUUGGUUCUUGAAUAUAGAUUCAUGCAUUGCUGGGUGCAACUUCCUGUUAGGAGCAAAAAUAAAUUACAGAACAUAUACUUUUGACAGUACAUGUUCUUGAUAUUAUUAAAUUGUGGAAGAUCAGAUGUACAAAUGCAAUAGUUUCCUUUUGAUGGAUCGGCAA